AUGGAACCUCGCGAUUCGGACGGGGAGAAAUCAAUUCAAAAGGAAAUAGAGGAAUUCGUCGAGAACCACGGGCUUUCACAAGUUAAGGAAUUCUUUAAGACGAAGCUAAAAGGAUGGCAAGAGGUGGAGGUGAACAUCGCCAUAACGGGAAACUCGGGAGUUGGAAAAUCAAGCUUUAUAAACGCAAUACGAGAGUGAGUACAGUAUACUAUGUAGAAUUACUUUAUGUGUACCAAGAUAUCUUAAAAAAACUGGUUCAGUAAAAAUACAAAACUAAAGGACGUUAAUCAUCGUCGCGGAAGUGGUCCGCUAAAAGACUGAAAGAAACGAAAGCGGAAAACUAUAUCUAAAUCGGGAUUCAGAAAAGGCAACACAAUCUGGCCGCGAUCCUCCAUUUCAGAGUUCAGAUUGCUUCUUUUUCGGGUUUUUAGCUUUUCUUUUUCUUGUUUAUAUUGCUUACUUUUCGAGUUUUGAACGUGUUUUGUUUCCAAGUCUGGGUGCUUCCUUCGAUCCAUGUUUCCAAGUGCUUCAUUUGCCUUCCAGUUCACGGCAAUUACAAUUCCUCAGUUUUUCCAAGCCGUUUGUAGAGCGAAACGUUGCGAAGUUUCGAAACUUUCAACAGACAUUUCUUUAAAACUGCAUAUGGGGAAUAGAAUGGUAGUGAUGAAGAGGCUCACAAACAAAUAUUAUUUACUCUACCGGGAUGUUAUGUUCUUUAAAGUAUACUUGAAAAUUUCUCGGAAAGUCCGGCGCAGAAUACUCCAGGGUGCCUUCGUUAGAUCUUCCUUUAGAAUUGGACUGUAUUCUAGAUUAUUCCUUUAAUUAGAGCCUUCACCGAAAAAACCAUCUGUAUGUUUUCACCUACAAUAAUAUUCCACGAGUGCGCGUUGGGUAUGAGAUGGUGGCUGUAAUCAUCCCCUUGUUUAAAUAGUUACCAUGCAGAUUUUCUUGACUUUGUUGAAUAUUUAAUUUUUUUGAAUAUUUUUGAAAAGAGGUUUUUUUUCCUGUUCAACCAGUCAAAUGAUUACACAUAGUUACCCAUAGUUUUUCACACAUGUGAACAAUUCUGUGAAACGUUAUCACUUUGUGAAAAUGUUUUUUGAGUAAUAAUAACACCCACUAUAAAGUUUUAAUUUAUGCAAGAUGCAUCUCACAUGCACUGAAGCCUGAAGAAAUCUUACACACAAAUACACACAAAUCCUAAAGGAACAGAUAAAAAAGAAUUACGGUUUAAAAUGAUUAAAAAGAUACUUUUAGGAUUUGGAAAUCAUAGAGGAAAAUGGACCAGGCUGAUAUUAUAAGGAAAUUAUUAUACUGUAAAAUUUGACUAGUUAAAAUAACCAAUGAAAAUUGUUGCAAAAUGCCUCUGAGAGAGUCCUUUUGUUUUAGUUAGAUUGACCAAUUUAGAUUGGUUUGAAAUAACUGGAUUCUUUUGAUUUGAAAUAUCUAAUUUAAAAGAAGUUAAAAUGAAUAUAAACAGUUAUUUUGACAUUUUUGUUUGGUUGUUUUUAGUUCAAUAUUUAUGUUGUUUUAACCAUUAGUAAAUGGCAGUUUUAACCAGUUUCCUUUAAGUAAGGAUGACCAAUAUUUUUUGUUAAAUUAACUCACUUUGUUAUGAGACCAUUCCUCACAUGCACUGAAUUCCAAAUUAGUCAAGUCAACUAUUUAAAAAACUAGCCGGAAUGAACUGAGAGAACCAAUUUUCUUUAGUUACUUUUCUUUAAUAUAACUAAAAAAGAAUAGGUUACAAGAAAUUACAAGGUUCCGUUCUGGGACCCUUGCUUUUUCUCUUGUAUGUUUAUACGAAUUUUCAAAUAGGCUUCAAUUUUACUUGUUCGCCGAUGAUACUAGUUUAAGUUGUGCAAACGGAGAUCUUAAAAAACUUGAAACUGAGAUUAACGAAGAACUUUUCAAAGUGCGCUCGUGGCUAGUUGUCAAUAAAUUAACCUUGAAUAUCGAAAAAACUAACUAUAUCAUCUUUCGUGCACGCCAAAAGACUAUUCCUUUUCAUCCUAAUAUCAAAAUAAUUAAUAAUAAUUCAAAUACCAGUCAACCGUUAGAAAUGAAAAAUUAUAUUAUUUAUCUUGGUAUACUCAUUGAUUCGAACCUUUCAUGGAAAUUUCAUAUAGAUUUAGUUUGUCAAAAAGUCAGUAAAACAAUAAAUUAUCGCCAAGCUCAGACAUUUUGCUCCCCGUCAUGUACUUCUCACUUUAUGCUCUUUAAUUUUGUCUUACAUCAGUUAUGGUAUCUGUGCUUGGGGUCAUGCUGCUGAAACGUAUCUUCAUAAACUACUCGUUCCCCAGAAGAGAGCCCUUAGGCUAAUGUUCUUCUUUGAACCAAGAACUCAUGCAGUUCCGUUAUUCUUAGAAACAAAACAGUUACCGAUAUCGUUCUUGCUAUUUGAGCAAAUGAGCCUUUCAAUGUACGAUUUCCAUAAUAAUCUCGCUCCUGAUAACAUUAAGAAUAUGUUCACGAAACUGUCUUCUGUCCACAGUUACCGGACUAGAUCUGUUACUAAUGAAAAUUACUAUGUUGAACAAGUUAGAACUGACAAUACGAAGCGAGCGUUCUCUAUUUCCGGUGCUUUGAUUUGGAACAGUAUUCCACUUUCUAUCAGUCAAAACACUUAAAAAAAAUCAAUUCAAAAGCGAACUAAAGGGAAAAAUAAACUUGUUGUUUGUUUAUUGUUAAUUUAACCUUGAAAAUUCAGUAGAUUUAAAUACCUUAAAAGAAUUGAAAUAACACAUUUAAAUGGACCAUAUAAACAAACAACUUUAUUGAACGUACAUUUAUGCAGUCGAUUGUAAACGUUCUAUUCAGUAAAAUGGCGUCCUAGAAUGGAAAAUAAAGGACUGCAUCGUACUUCUAUGUAUGUAAUAUUGACUUUUCAUCGGCAUGAAUACGGCCGAUAAAAAUGAUUUAAGGUUAGCUGUUUUUCGAUUUUAUUACAGUUCUGCAGUCAUUUCUUUGAAAUAUAAAAACCCUUGAAAUUUUUCUAAGGGUCAAUAUUCCCAUUGCGCAUGUCCGUUCGUAAUCUUCUGCAUCUGAAUCAUUCUGCUCCUUCAUGCAGUCUCCAGUAGUAAUUUUUCUUAGAAACGGAAAUGAAAAUUUUUCUUUCAAACUUCCGGUAACUAAAUCGGUCAACUUUCAAGUAGAUUUUCUCUUAAUUAAUAGAACGGUAAAUUCGAAAAAGAAAACUAGAUUAUGUUUAUUAUCGCUGAACUCACUGUAAAAACAUUUUGAACGCGAAAGAAAACUUUAAAAAAAUUGCUGGUGUAGAUACCUUUAAUUAACAUGCUUUUAGGAAUAUCUACGUCCUUAAAAUUACUGCCAGCAGAAUAAAGAAGUCUAUAAUUCGACCGUUUUUCGGUUUAUGCAAUUCUUCCGAUGUCUCCUUUUCACUCUUGGAGCAGUGAACUCGUUGACUACACGUUGCGUCCACGUAGAGUUUCAGCUCAAAUGUUUAGGCAAGUCAUUGUUUGAAAUAGUAAUUAAAUUUUGAAUUUGGUAUCACUGAUAGAAAAGUAUUUACAAAUAUGUGAGCCGGGCCAAGAGAGAAAGCAAGAACCUGCAAGCUGCAGAUUAUAGCCCAAGCAGGGCUGCCCCAAGUUAAAACCUCCGCAAGGAAAUUGCCAGUAGGCAAGCAAUUAAAUCUUGCCUUGACCUGCCUUGACAAAACAACGGCUUUUGCUGCAGCAUAGGAGUUAAGCCUUUCUUCAACCCUUGGCACACAAACCGUGACAUUUACAGAAGGUCAUGUACACAAGACGAAGGAAAAUAAACAGACAUUAGUAGUGGAUAAGGCACCGGUUACUCCUUUUUUUUGUGGAUUUAAUUAACUUUUUGUGUGGUAUAAAUUAACGCAGAUGACGUCAUGCAUCUCAUUAAGAUAGGAUGAUGUCAUAGUUUAAAUUAACGCAGAUGACGUCAUGCAUCUCAUUAAGGUAAGAUGAUGUCAUAGUUUAUUUUUAGCUGGUAAGGAGCAAGUGACGUCAGAAUUUCCUAGAGUUAACGUCAUGAAAAAAAUUUUGAGAUCAUAAUCUAUAAAUAGAAAAGUGAUAUCAUCUCCCUACUUGGUCAUGAUGGUGUCAUAUUUUUUUCCAGGUAAGAUGAUGUCAGGGUUUAUUUUUACCUGCCGGUUUUUCUAUUGUUUCGAAACACAUAAAAUGGCCCUUCCUUACCAAGCAAAUCAUUUACGAAUUGUGAGAAGAAGUCAUGAAUUUUAAUCAGUUAGAAAUCAUGGUUGGAUCAGACCAGAUCAUAAUUGAUGAAGUUGAAAUGGGAGUACACAUCAUACGGGAUAAAAUAGGAGAGAUUUUUCAAGAUGUAUUUGUUAGAGAAGUGAAUCGUCUGAUCUAUGUAGCAGUGAAUGAACACCGCGAUGGUUGUAAAAUGGAUGAUUUAUCUCAACUGCAUCACACUUGCUUGACCACGGAUGCUCAGGAGGCGUGGGCAACAUAUUUUGAAUACGUGAAAGGGAAAGUAGACUUGAAAAAAUUAUGGAAGCUUGCACAGCAGGAAGUGGAAAAUAGACUAAAUUUGCAGUUAAAAGAGACUUGGAUGAAAUAUUUAGUUUGCCUUUGUAAGAUGGAUACUAGCACAGUCUAUUUACUCUAUAUGGACUUUUUAAGAAGGGACGAAUGCCAUCAAUUUGGGUGUUAUGAAUACAUGUUUGAGAAAGAUUGUUCACAAUAAAUGUAUAACAAUAAAGUGAAUUAUCUUAUUUGUGGUUCUAAGGUAAACCCUAACUUUUUUGGUUUUUGAAUAAACUCCAUUCUUGUUCCUAAUGAGUGGAAAGUCUAUUUAUAAAAAGAGGGAAUAAGAGAUGCGAUCCCCUAGUAACACAUGUCUUGUUAUUUAGCGCUAAAUAUCGGAUAUAUAACAAAACACACACACAUACAAAAAGUGGAGCUGAAAACUCUCUACUUCAAUUUUGACUCACCAUUACAAAAGCGUUUUCUCCGUUCUAUCUCGAGGAAACGAUUAACUAUUGAAAUCUCAGCGCUUGAUGAGCUUAUGGUUUUGUCAAUUUACGCUCCGUUAGCGUUAGUCAGUUAAUUAUGCCGGUUAACAAGCCUAAAGUUGAAUAAAAACUAGUUCAUCUCUACAGCUAGACCCAAGGGAGCACUUUGACUUAUUAUUGUAAAAACACAAACAAUUAAUAACUUAACAAGGAUCAAUUUAAACAAGCGACAAAUAAAUUGACAAGACACGAGAUACAGUUUUAAAAACUUUAUUAAAAACCAGUGACAAAAAGAGUCGAAUACACAGCGAUUUGGAAGGGAUGGAAAUUAGACCUCCUCUUCGUUCUCUUCUUUAGAAGGUGAAUAAAAAUUGGUUUCCAACGUCUUGGCGUUUUUGUGUGUAAUUAAUCCACAAUCGUGACACCGAAGAAAGCCCUCUUUGAUGUAUUUUCUCUCCUCGGGGAUCUCGUGAUCGCAUAUAGGACAAAUCUUGUAGUUAUCGUGCCAAAAGCAUUUAGGACAUUUCAUGAUCAAUGUGGAGUACACAUUAGAGUUUUCGCAAUGUCCACAGGGACUUUUAGAGUGAAAGGUGGUGGACGUUUCAGGGCUACUACUUUCUGCUUCCUCACUAUCGUUUUCAGUGUCGUUGUCGCUCUCUUGGGUGCCUUCAGUUUCAACGUCAUUCUCAGAAGCCACUUCCUCCUCCUCCUCCUGAUUUUCAAUAUCCGAUGAACUCUCCUCAUUAUUACUCUCAUUAUCGGAAGUAUUUUCUACAUUUCGGUAGCCUUUUUCCUUUUCUAUUAAAUCACUUAACAAUUUUUUGUUCUUGAUUAAACCUUUAUCGAUUCCUAACUCUGCAAGUCCAUCUAGAAACGUAUUCAGCGCACGAGGCUUGGUGACCUCAUUGUUAUGAGGGAGUAACACAUACUCAACUAGCUCGGCCAUGUUUGUGACGGGAAUAGUGCGCUUAUUUCGAAGUAAUUGUCCGCUGGGAGUCCAGAAAAGAAUAUCUUUGGACGCGGCCAUACUAUACAGCAAAUCAGAAGCACGCUUUACCGACACUGCUCGGGAAAGAUGACUCAAAACAUCUUUUAUUCUUGGUUCUUCUUUUAUUCUUAGUUCUUCAUCCUCGCUUUCAUCACCGCAACUUUCGCUUUCUUCAUGUUCACUCUCGUGUUCUUCUUCAACCAAAUCUAUCUUUCUCUUCAUUUUGAUGAGUACCCGUGACAGACCGUAGCUUCAAAUGAGUAACCUAUAGUUUCGUUUCCUCUUUUAUAGCAUCAAAAAUCCUAGGCUUGUAACAGCAGGUAGCAAUAGGUCUUGAAUAAAACCAUCACCCUCUUGUACAAGGAUUCGCUUCUUUGUUUUGUAAGGGACAUUUGUUUCUGCUAGGUUUACUAGAGCAUCCUUAUAUGGCAACACGUUCCGCUUAUUUUCUUCGGGGAUAAGAAUGUAUUCCUUAAGUAUAUUGUAUAAGACUUGGACUAAUGCAUGUAGUUGUUGUGGACUGGCUGUCCGUAAAAGAAACUGUCGCUGAUGAGCUGGACAGAUAGCUAAGAGUUGAAGAAAACCACAAUUGUUCUUGGCAACUCGAGACAUUGCGACAAACUGAACUUAUCAUUGUAGUUUGCAGUCUUUUAUUGACUGUCGUGGAGAAAAACAAUGGAAAUGUGGUGGCGGUGGAGGGAAAACAAUAGAAAUGUGGUGGCGGUGGAGGGAAAACAAUAGAAAUGUGGUGGCGGUGGUGGUGGUGGUGGAGGGAAAACAAUAGAAAUGUGGUGGCGGUGGUGGCGGUGGUGGAGGGAAAACAAUAGAAAUGUGGUGGCGGUGGUGGUGGGGGUGGUGGAGGGAAAACAAUAGGAAAGUGGUGGUGGUGGAGGAAAACUAUUGAAUUGUAUAGCCUUCAAAACUAUAUCAAUGCGCAUUAUGCUAACAUUUUCUCAGUCUACAUUCUGCUCCUGAGGAGUUAACAUGAGUUGGCUCUGUUCUGUCUGCGAAAAGUCCUUUAGUAGAAAGGAUAGCAUGCAAAGGCACGUGAUGUCUAAACACUGCAAUGCUGGUCUCACCCCAUUUCAAACAAUUCCAAUAUUUUCACAGAAAUGUCAGCGGUUUCGCUUCGAGCACCCUUUCACCUCCAUGAUUGCCGGAAUGACCGGGUCCGGAAAAACGGUCUGGGUUCGAUCGCUAUUGCAACAAGCUUCAGAGACCAUUUACCCUCCCCCGAAGAGGAUCGUUUGGUGUUAUUCACAAUGGCAGCCUGCGUAUACACAAAUGUUAGUCGCCAUGCCAAACAUUGAAUUCGUCAAGGGAAUUCCUACGGCUUUGGAGCAGGAUUCCUAUUUUGAUGUGAACAAACGGAAUUUGAUCGUGUUUGAUGAUCAGAUGAUUGACGCUAGUAAAGAUAAGCGAAUUGUGAACCUCUUUACUCGUGGUUCUCAUCAUCGCAAUCUGAGCGUGAUUUAUAUCGUGCAGAAUCUAUUUCAUCAGGGGAAAGGUAGCCGCAGCAUAAGCCUAAACAGCCAUUAUCUGGUGUUAUUCAAGAAUCCACGAGACAAAUUGCAAAUCUUGACUCUGGCGAAGCAAAUGUAUCCCGGGCAGACGGAUUUCUUUUUAAAUCAGUAUGAAGAGGCUGUAAAAAGACCUUUUGGUUAUCUUCUGAUUGAUCUGAAAACUACUACCCAAGAUAAUUGUCGGUUGCGAACAAACGUCCUGCCCAGUGAAGAAGGCUUUAACCAAGCAGGGUUUCAAGAAAAUAUUCCACAAGAGCUUCUAAAAUAUCUGAAGCAGCAAACUCUUUCGCCUGUCCCGCUUCUUCCAGCUAUGCAAGAAAUACACGGCAACAUGGAUAACGUGCUUUCUCGAAACGAUCUUCGGGACGAUGAAAAAGCUAAACGAUACCUUCAGUUGCAAAACAGAUACCUGGCUUUUAAAGAACAAUUAAAUACAAGAACACGACCGGGAGAAAUAAUCAGCACUGUUCCAGACUUAACAUCAAGGACACAAGAUUCUUCGACAGCAGCGACAGCAUUCUCGACUCCCCUCAACCCCUUUAAUGUAACACCUGAAUUAACACAAGCGGCUAUCUCUCAAAAACCUGACAAAGAAAGCCACACCCCUCCACCACCCUUAAAUCCUGCUCUCCUGACCCCUCCUCCCACAGUAGAAACCCCAUCACAACAAGGCCCGAAGCGUAAAAGGCGUCGAAUUCAAUUUGUAAAUUAUUUGGAUGAUCAUAAAGCCCAUGCCAAACAGCUGAAGAAACGUCGGCAUAAGAAAUUCAAACCUUACAAGUACUCCAUGGGCGAAGAAGAUGAAGAUUAAUUAAUUUCCAUUCCUUCCAAAUCGCUGUGUAUUCGACUCUUUUUGUCACUGGUUUUUAAUAAAGUUUUUAAAACUGUAUCUCGUGUCUUGUCAAUUUAUUUGUCGCUUGUUUAAAUUGAUCCUUGUUAAGUUAUUAAUUGUUUGUGUUUUUACAAUAAUAAGUCAAAGUGCUCCCUUGGGUCUAGCUGUAGAGAUGAACUAGUUUUUAUUCAACUUUAGGCUUGUUAACCGGCAUAAUUAACUGACUAACGCUAACGGAGCGUAAAUUGACAAAACCAUAAGCUCAUCAAGCGCUGAGAUUUCAAUAGUUAAUCGUUUCCUCGAGAUAGAACGGAGAAAACGCUUUUGUAAUGGUGAGUCAAAAUUGAAGUAGAGAGUUUUCAGCUCCACUUUUUGUAUGUGUGUGUGUUUUGUUAUAUAUCCGAUAUUUAGCGCUAAAUAACAAGACAUGUGUUACUAGGGGAUCGCAUCUCUUAUUCCCUCUUUUUAUAAAUAGACUUUCCACUCAUUAGGAACAAGAAUGGAGUUUAUUCAAAAACCAAAAAAAGUUAGGGUUUACCUUAGAACCACAAAUAAGAUAAUUCACUUUAUUGUUAUACAUUUAUUGUGAACAAUCUUUCUCAAACAUGUAUUCAUAACACCCAAAUUGAUGGCAUUCGUCCCUUCUUAAAAAGUCCAUAUAGAGUAAAUAGACUGUGCUAGUAUCCAUCUUACAAAGGCAAACUAAAUAUUUCAUCCAAGUCUCUUUUAACUGCAAAUUUAGUCUAUUUUCCACUUCCUGCUGUGCAAGCUUCCAUAAUUUUUUCAAGUCUACUUUCCCUUUCACGUAUUCAAAAUAUGUUGCCCACGCCUCCUGAGCAUCCGUGGUCAAGCAAGUGUGAUGCAGUUGAGAUAAAUCAUCCAUUUUACAACCAUCGCGGUGUUCAUUCACUGCUACAUAGAUCAGACGAUUCACUUCUCUAACAAAUACAUCUUGAAAAAUCUCUCCUAUUUUAUUCCGUAUGAUGUGUACUCCCAUUUCAACUUCAUCAAUUAUGAUCUGGUCUGAUCCAACCAUGAUUUCUAACUGAUUAAAAUUCAUGACUUCUUCUCACAAUUCGUAAAUGAUUUGCUUGGUAAGGAAGGGCCAUUUUAUGUGUUUCGAAACAAUAGAAAAACCGGCAGGUAAAAAUAAACCCUGACAUCAUCUUACCUGGAAAAAAAUAUGACACCAUCAUGACCAAGUAGGGAGAUGAUAUCACUUUUCUAUUUAUAGAUUAUGAUCUCAAAAUUUUUUUCAUGACGUUAACUCUAGGAAAUUCUGACGUCACUUGCUCCUUACCAGCUAAAAAUAAACUAUGACAUCAUCUUAUCUUAAUGAGAUGCAUGACGUCAUCUGCGUUAAUUUAAACUAUGACAUCAUCCUAUCUUAAUGAGAUGCAUGACGUCAUCUGCGUUAAUUUAUACCACACAAAAAGUUAAUUAAAUCCACAAAAAAAAGGAGUAACCGGUGCCUUAUCCACUACUGACAUUAGAAAAAUUUAGUCCAUUUAUCAACAAUUCAGUCCUCCAAGUAGUUUAAAACAAAAAUAUAUGUAUAUCAGUAUGUCAUCUGACUUCUCUUUUACACAUGAUUCUCUGAUCAAUAUUAAUUGUUUUUCAAAUCUUCCAUUAAAAAAGGCAUGACACAUCAGACACAUGGCAAUAAAAAUGCAGUCUUGGUUGUUGACGUUUUGGCGCUAAAACGCUAACGAACCACCAACGGUAAUCGGUAAUUCACAAAAAAUUCAGUUGGAUGUAUUCUUCUCAUUCUCCUUUACAUCCGUCUUCUCUCGGGCUAAUUGUUCUGGGAGGGUAAGCAAGACUUUUAAGCGCAGCAGAGAGGUUUAACUUCAAUUUGAAAUUUCAAAGAUAAUGAACACCAACAAUGGGCUAUACCGCUCUUUCACAGAUUUUUGACCAAAAGAGAAACUGUUCGCAGCCCUUGCCCUGUUUUGCGAUUUCAGAUGGUAAGAAAACUGCUUCAGGUCUUACAGUACUGUGAAACAAUACUUCAAAAGCCUGAAGAAGAAACCCAGGGCGAGACUAUAGUUUUUACCUCAACCUCACAAAUUAUGGAAAUUGUACUCACCUCGAAAUGCGUCGGUGUAAUCUUUGAAUGGUUUCAUUAACUCUAUCCUUAGCAGUCACUUAGAGCCUCUAUCAUCCCCUGCUAUAACAUUCGGCCUUUAUACAUCAUUCUUAACUUGAGGCAGACAAAGGGUAUUCUUGGUUUUCACUCGCGUGGGAAGGCAGAAACAAAAAUGAAAACCUUUUAAUACAGAAAGUCCAGAAUCUGGGAAAUGAAAGAAGAUAAAUAUACAAAAAGCCAUGCCACGAAUCAGGUAUAUGCAAUAGUUCAUAUGCAAGAUAUUCGGAAAAACGUUUUACCCAAAUUUAUAAAGCUUUGUAUAGAGACGCCAUGUUUGUAUCCCCUUCAGGGGCACAAUUAUGGCCGCCGGAAACCAAAAGAAACAUCCGUUUUUGAGUUUUCCUACUUAUGCGUUAAUUCGUCGCUUGAGGAACUGAUAAAGAUUAAAGCAAUAUUUAUUCUAAGACAAGGAAUGUUUAGAUAGCAAAAUCUCCAAAAAUCCGUAAUGUUUUUAACCCACAUAAGAGCUUCCCAGGCCGCCAGCUAAAUGCCGCGUCACGCAAAAGCCUGGAAAUUCAAGCGUCCUGUAUCGCAAAACAAAGAACCCUUUUGAACCGAAAAUUUGUUUGUACAAAGGUUUUAAGGUGCUCUAAUAUCACAUGAAAGUAGAAACUAAGAAGAAGCGAUAGUUCCUUAGUUUGAAUUUUGGUGACGUCAUGAGAAAACCAAGAAUUCAGGAGUCGUAAUAUCGACAAUGUUUAACAACAUCAUCGAUCCUGAUUGGAUGUUGAUUGGACGAAAAUUGGCGCCCUGUCACUUUAGCUUCCGGUGACUAAGAUUUUAGAAUAGCUAUGUAGGUGAUCUGUUGAUUUACUGCGUUUCCUUUGACUCACGAAAUUCAAGUUGCUGUAAAUUUUUUUUACUUGAACUGUGAGCCAAAAACGAUGAUACGAAAAGAAGACGAAAUUUAUCAAAAGGCGAAAAAAUAAAUAAAUAAAAAAAUAUAUAAAUAGAACAAGAAGAAGAAAUGGUGUUACAUUUUUCAGAAAAGAUAGGAACCACAUUGACAUUCCUCAGAUUCCUGUCAUCUACUUGAAGUCAUGCUUUGUUGUACAGUUGGUUGCAUCAAAGGAGGAUAGUUGUUGUCAGCAGUCACAAUAUUUACUGUUGCUCAUGUAAGCAAUUCUGCAGUUUGUAGGAGUCAACCUUUAAUUAAGUAAUAGUAAUAGUAAUGGAUUGUAAAGCAUAGUCUGGUUUUAUUCUAGACUGAUUUUGACUGAUUUUGAAAAACGUCAUUUUACCACCCACAAUACUAGUUGAAUUAACUUAUUUCAAUAGUUAUCGGUUUGGAGCGUGUAAUCUAUUAUUGAAAUAGUUGAAAUAUACAUUAUAUACAUUACAUUAUUCGUCAUUAUCUGUCAUUUUUUAGCCUCAAAGUGGCUUUUUUAAAGUUAAGAGUACUUAAAACUGCUUUCCAUUCGACUUAGAUGUCAUAUUGUUAAAAUGCACUUGAAAUUUCUUUAGCCGCGUGUUAGCAAAUCCAGUCAGAAAUACAUUCAGUUCAAACGAGAAAUUUACUUUCCACUUUCUGAUUUUUUAAUAAAAGAAGGCGUUAAUGAAUCUUAAAUAUGAAGCCCAAAAAUGUUUUAUGUGGUCAAUAUUCACAUACCUGCAUCCUCUCCCUAGCUUUCUCCCUCCUAAAUUAAAUGAAAAAGAUUGUCAGAAUUCUAUUGAUUUAUUUUUAUACGAACAUAGUAAAUCACAAUGUUAUUUAGUAAAUAAUUUUGGUAGACUUUUACAAACCCAAGAUUCCAAGCAAAAUUGGAAGUUGAUUUAGAAUAUCCAGAGUCACUUCACGAUUUACAUUUGAUUAUCCUUUAGCUCCAAAAGAGACGAAAAUAGACAAUGUAAAAAAAAUGAUUUCACCUCAGAAAGGACCUACACUUUGUAUUACGUUAUGAAACUCUCAGACAAUAUUUGCUAUUAGGUCUCAAACCAAAAAAAAGUACAUAGAGGAAUAAAGCUUUAUAAGUCUAAAUGGAUGGAACCUUAUAUUAACAAAGAAAUUACAAAACUGAGACAACAAUCACAAACUGAAUUUAAAAAAGAUUUUUUCAAGUUCAUGAAUAAUUAUAGUGUUUUUUUUUUAAAAAAGGUUUGAAAACAUAAGAGAGGGUUGAUGUAAGAUUAGUAUACGAUAAAUCAGCAAAGCCAAAUUUUGAAUCUGUUAGAAUAUUAGUCCAAAUCCAUUAGCUUUUAAAUGAAGAAAACACAGGCAUAUUUUAAUGAACUAAUAUUUGAUGGAUUACGUUUUUUAGACUUAUACUUUAAAGCAUGAUUUUCAUUACACCUACAUAAACGUCCAAUUCAACAGCAAAGCAAGACUUUUUGUUUACUGACACAGAUAGUUUAAUGUAUGAAAUACCAACAGCAGAUUUUACAAAGAUAUAUCUAAAGAUGUUGAGAAAAAAUUUGAUAAUUCUGAUUACGCAGAAAAUCAAGAUGAAGGUUGUGGAAAACUACAGUUCAACCUCUCCAAAACGGCCACCUUGGGGACAAAAGAAUGUGGCCGUUGUGGAGAGGUAGCCGUUAGAGGUAAUUGGUGUCACCCGCUUAGAAUAAAGGUUAUUAUUAUGGGGAGGUAGGGGGGUAAUAUAAAUUUUUUUUUCUUGGGGGAGGGGGGGGGAGCACAAAGUUUAUUGUACUUAGUUCAUGCUCACCAAAUCCCAUAAUGGUAUUCCAUAGUAUAUAGUAUCAUAAAGAGAUAAAAUACCAGAAAAAUUCAAUAAUGCUUGCUUGAAUCACAAUUUUGACUUGACAAAACGAGCAAGGUUUGCAAUAUUCGCUACAAGUAUUGAAGACAAUUUAUGCUUACUGCAGCAGUAUAUAUGAAACACAAUCAAAAUAUGAUUGCCGCGAUUAAUCAUCCAAACGCCAUAAGGAUCAAAUUUCAUGACCAUUCUUGACGUUUUCAUCAGUACCUGAAAAAACUGGCGGUUGUUGAGAGGUUAUUUUGGCAGUUGGAGACCCGCUUUAGUGGCCGUUUCCCAAAUUUAAACAAGAGUCAGUGUAUCGACUGUGGGCUGGGACAAAAAUAAUGGCCUUUAGUGGAGGUUCGACUGUAUAUUCUUACAAGUUGGAAAACGGAAAUGACUGAGAAAAGAAGAGUAAAGGUACAAAAAUGUGCAAUUAAGAAAGAGGUAACUUUUGAAGAAAUGAGAAAAAUGAAUAAUGAGAAAUGUUAGCGGUCACCAAAAUGAAAAUGAGCCAAACAGGAACACAUACAACAUUUUCUCCAUGAAAUGUGUAACGAGGAAGUUCACGUUGUAGUAGUUUAAAGCAACAGCAACGAGAUGUACAAAAAAGUGUGAACGUGCAAAGUUGUAUUGUUGCUAAUUAGACCUAUUGAUUUUUUUGCUGUUCUCGUUCUCGUUGCCGUUUAGCAUUACAGGAUUUUAUGUGUUGUUUAAGUAAACUAUAAUUAUAUAUAUAUAUAUUUAGCCAGGGCUAAAAGCGAGGCCCCCCGUUUAUAUGCUUAUAACUAGACAGGACUAGAGGUAAUCAUUGAUUACCGAUUCGCGUUCGUCACUUACGGAAUCGAAAUCGGGUCGAAAGGAGCUAGUUAACCUUCAGAGGGAGGGAUUACAUGAUUAAGAAAAAAUUUCCUGCAAACACACCUGAAAUGAAAAACUAACUCUCCCAGCAAGCUAAAAGUCGCAUAGCUACAGACAAAAAAAAAAUCAAUGUGCAUCACGUUCGAUCACAGUAGUAGAAUUCUACCAAACUAAGUAUACAUUAAGUUAUAAGUUACAAUUUCUAGGUUCAGUAUUUCUGUCUUUAAGGGAAGACGUAAAAGAAACAUCAGGCCGUCUUAGGGACUUAUGUGUUCCUUAAGCCCCUUUUUUUUAAACUCGGAACCCAAAGAACAGUUUUGUUUAGCUUUUACAUUUACAUCUCACAAUACCUGAUAAAAAGCUUUACCGUAGGGUGUUUAUUUUCUUUGAGGACAGACAUACGAAAGCAGAUUAGAACCUUUUUCGAUACUAUUAACAGUCUAUAAUUUUUUGACCUACACAAACUGUGCAGUAUGUGUUCAGGUGUUGUGCAGUGCAUACACUUUUAGAAGCGUUAUAACAACUUAAAACUGGAAAAAAAGACAAACUCGGGCUCGAAAAGCCAACCAAAGACCAAAAGGCGCACUUUUCAUGAGACGAACCAAACUUAAGUGAGUUAAGUUCAUGAAAAAUUCGACGUCUGGCUCGGUUAAAUUCGUCUGAAUGAGUUUGGAUCAACUAUCAGACGUAACUAUUUCGAGCAACUGUCUGCCCUCUUUGAAUAUACUCUCUAGACAGAUUGUGAUUGGCCUACCAUUUCUAAAGCCUUUAAAAAAAUAUGGGACUAAACUGUCUGUGGGGGGGUCGUGUCUACUUAACGUACGGUGACUUCAUAACCAAAAUUUCUCGCAUUGAUAAGUUCCCAAUGUCCAUAGCAAUGGUGCUCUGCCGCGCGCGAGGGCUACGCUGUUUGCGAGAACUGGGCUUUUAGCCCUGGCUAAAUCUAUUUAGCAAAAUCCAACUAGUGAUCUAUUAUCAAUGCUGCGUUCUGAUUGGUUGAGCUACUACUAGGCUAUAUGUUAUAGCCCACUAGUAGCGAAAAGCGUGGGCUUUUUGGCGGCAAAAAAGGAUUAAAGCCUAGCUUAAACUAGCUAAAAUUUUUUAAUUCUCGAUAUUUUUGACCAACUAGUUGGAUUUUACUAAAACAAUUAUUCCUCUCGCCCUCAUGGCCUUUGAGUCAAUAGCUAGCCUGCGUAGCAUGGCGGUUUUGGUUAGGCGCGCUAAGUAAUAAAGGCGGGCGAGGGCAGAGAAACCGCGAGGAGAUUGGGGCGGGAGCAACUUUUUCUCGCGGCUUCGCCGCUCGUUCUCGCGCGCUUCGCACGCGAAUUUUGCGGCUUGGCCGCUCGUGCGCCCGGCUCGACAAAACCGCCAUGCUACGAAGGCUAGUCAAUAGCCCAUUCGGCCUUCGGCCUCGACUCAUGGGCUAUUGACUCAGAGCCCAUUCGGGGUUGAGGAAUAAUUGUUAAAUCACAGCACAAACACAAACAUCAACUUAAUAAAUAAGAAGCUUGCUUUCAGACACACCAACAAGAAAGCCUUUUAUCGCCAGCAACUAAUGCGGCUGCCAAACUCAUAAGGGUUAAAACGUGUAACUCGGGUUCAAUGCUCAUGAAUAUUCACUUUUCCAAGUACAGUGAAACCUCUGUUAAGCGGACACCUUCGGGACUUACUUUUUGCAAGACUUUAAGGUGAGCUUUGAUCGCGGAUUACAAUCAUACGGCCGGAUAUCGGUCUAAUUUACAGUUUUUGACAGCUAAAUGUAUUGAUUUAUCUAUAAUAAUCGACUACAGUACGUAUCUCAAGGACAUAAUCCAAUAAUACUAUAUUAUCAAUUCAGUCUGGUGUCUGCUUAAUAGAGGUUUUUAACAUAUAGAAAUUAGCCAAAUACAAUUUAUUUUAGUGUCUGCGUCCGCUUAAUAGAGGUGUCCGCUGAAUAGGGGUUCUUUAUAAAGGGAAAUACAAGACGUUAAUUUCGGGACCCGGCUUAGUGUCUGCCUAAAAGUUUUCGGCCAUAUUUUUAAGCGGGCGCGGAAACGUGGAGUAAAAGUACGUCACUUCGAUUGGUCAUUUAUCUUUUUUUCCCGUUCCAAAUAUAGCACUGGCGAAAAUGAAUAUUCACAAGCACUGGAUAACGCAAACCUAUAAGAGUUACAAGUUUAACCCUUUAAGCCCUAAGAGUGAAUCAGCAUCAAAUUUCUCCUUGUAAUAUCAAUGCUUUGUAAAACAGAGUGGUCAUAAGAAUUACGGACAUGAUCACACAAGAUGAAUUUGCUUGAUAUUUUAUCAACUUCUACCCACAAGUUCUGUAGGAAAUGAAUAGUGCCAGCAAAUGAGAAUUCAUAUUUUGAUCUUAGGGUUUUAGGGGUCAAACCUCUUGUGAGCUUCUGUUCAUGCACAAUUUUCGGUGGACGAACAAAUACGUGUUCUAUCGACAGAAAAAUUGGACAAAACUUUCCAGCUCCUAUUCACUAAUCAUAAGCAUGCAUUAUUUGAACUGCUUAACAAAAACAAACCGGCGCUUAUGAAACCAUCAAAUAAUGAUAUGUCUAUAGUACGUCGUUGCAGAUGAAGGGUGGGUUUAAGGUGGGCUGGGGGCUGUAAAGCCUGGUUUUCACUAACGCAUAAGCAUAUGCAUAAGGACAUACGCACGCGCAACAGGGCAUAUUUGACUCAAUUCUCGAUACCAGCUCUCCUCAAGCCGAUGAUAAACAAGAUGGCGGACGAAGCGUCCACCAUAUUGCUUUUGAUAUGUUCGCACGAGGUCUGGGUCAAAGUGACCUAUGAUUGGUCCACGACCUUGUGCUUAUGCUUAUGCAUAUGUCAUUUUCUCUAGUCAAAGCUGCGACAUAAUCAAAAGCACAAACACAAGAAGAACGACCUUGUCCAUUUUUCUUGUGCUUAUGCUUAUGUCGACCCAGUUUUCACUUGCUUACACAUGUGCUUGUGCUUAUACUUACGCAUAUGCGCUAGUGAAAACCAGGCUUUUUUUUUUAAAGAGAAACGGUUUGAGCAUAUACAAGCUACCUCCAGCUGACUGCUGUCAGGCAUUUUUCUACUGUAAAGUAAUGAGGCUUCUUAAAAAUGAGAAAGAAUUUCACCCCCCUCCCAACGAUGAUACCGACAAGAAAAUUUUCGGUGCCUGGCUCAUGCGAUGACGGCAAAGAAAUCUGCUGCACGUUCAGAGUCUAAGUUGUUUACACGAAAUUAUAUUCCAUGUAUUCUAACUGUACUCUCCCGUUUUUCUCCUAAGUAAUUGAAAACGAAAGUAAAGGUAAACAAAAGUAAAGAGAUACGGAAGUAUAAGUAAAUAGAAGGAAAAGUGAACGGAAUUGGAAGGUAGUGUACAAGUGGUGCUCCUCAAAAGGAAUGAAUGUGACUAACCGGUUAUCGAUCAAACUACUUUUUACCUUACGUAGAAAGCAUGGAGAAAGCGAAAGCUUUUGUUUAGGACUGAUUUUAUGGAAAGGAAGCUUUCCGUGUGACUUGAGGAAAUAUCUGACUGUCAAUUGCUUUUUUCGGUAGACUUAUGGAUGAUGAUGAAGGGGCAGCUGAAGUUGGCGUCACGGAGACCACAAGAGAGCUGAAAGCAUACGAUCACCCAACCAAUCCUAAAAUCAUGUUUUGGGAUUUACCGGGAAUAGGGACUCCCAACUACCCCGACAUGGCGACUUACUGCGAAAAGGUAGAGUUGGAGAAGUUCAAUGCGUUUCUUAUCUUGACAGCCGUCCGAUUAACCGUGAACGACUUGGAACUGGCCAAGAAAAUAAAAUCAAUUAAUAAGAAUUUUUUCCUCAUUCGCACAAAAAUUGAUGAAAAUGUCAUAGGAGGACGGAGUCGAAAGUGGUCAUUCGAUGAAAAGGCAAUGCUACAGAAGAUUCGAAGCGACUCUGCCGAAAACCUGGGUGACCUGCUGAGCGACGAGCGUGAUAUAUUCUUGAUAAGCAAUCACGAUCGUGACAAGUGGGAUUUCGCCCGACUACUUCAGGCCAUUCUGGAUGCACUGCCAACAUAUCAGAGAGAGAGUAUAGUCUUACCGCUUAGCAAUUCCGUGACAACUGAUAUUUUGCAAAAAAGGGUUGAGGUUCUCAGAGGGCGCAUUUGGAAAGUAGCUACUUUAUCUGCAGCCGUCGCGUUCUUUCCGAUACCUGGGUUAUCCAUUGCCGUUGAUAUCCCGUUGAUAUUGAACGAAUUCGCCCUUUACAGAUCCCAACUUGCUCUUCCAGAGAAAGGAACGGCUGAUUUUGAAAAGCUACAUGUGACAACCCAAGACGCAGUCGCUAAGAUUAGUAUAACAACCGCUGUUCAAUUAGCUGCCUACUUAUCAGUUUUUGCCACAGAAUCAGCCGUUGAGGAAGCCGUCAGUUAUAUCCCGAUUCUGGGUUCGAUGAUAGCCAGUACCAUGUCGUUCACCACCACGUAUGCUGCACUUCAGCAGUGUUUGAAAACGGUGGAAGAAACAGCAGUGUUGGUGAUGAAGGAAGCUGCCAUAGAAGCCGCAAACGAGGAAAUCCUGGAAAUCGAGUGA